UCGCAGAACUUAGUUAUUGAUUUAAGAGAAAGUACAUUAUCUGCCCCUAUGUAUCCACGGAUGUCGAAAGAGAAGGAAUUGUUAAAAAAAUACGAGCAUAUGUUACGCGGCAAGGUGAUUGCGAUUCGACGUGAGGACCAAUCGGUAUGGGAACGUCGCGCCCCUAUGGCUCCGACUAACGUCCGGCGCUUGAUCCGGGCGGGCGUGAAGGUCAUUGUCCAGCCGAGUAAUCGACGGGCCUACCAAACAAGCAAAUACUUGGCCGCUGGUGCAUCAAUCCAAGAAGACAUCAGCAGCGCCUCCGUAAUAUUCGGAGUGAAGCAGGUGCCGAUAGAUCAGCUGAUACCCAAUAAGACCUACUGCUUCUUCUCGCAUACGAUAAAGGCUCAAGAAUCCAAUAUGCCAAUGCUCGACGCUAUCAUGAGGAAAAAUAUCAGGCUGCUCGACUAUGAGAAGUUGACCGAUGAUUACGGCCAGAGGCUCGUUGCGUUUGGGAAGUACGCCGGCGUUGCUGGGAUGGUUAAUAUACUUCAUGGACUAGGACUCAGGCUUCUCGCUUUAGGACAUCACACACCCUUUAUGCACAUCGGACCAGCCCACAACUACAGGGACUCGGGCAUGGCACGACAGGCGAUCAGGGAGGCUGGCUACGAGAUCGCAUUGGGUGCAAUGCCUAAAUCCAUAGGACCGCUUACUUUCGUCUUCACAGGCAGUGGCAAUGUUAGUCAGGGUGGCCAGGAGGUUUUCCAGGAGCUGCCACAUGAGUACGUCCCACCGGAGAUGUUGCGCAAGGUCGCUGAGCACGGAGAUACGACGAAGAUGUAUGCGUGCGAGGUGCGGAGGCGACACCACCUGGAGCGCAAAGAGAUUGGUGGCUUCGAAGCCGAGGAGUAUGACCAGUGCCCGGACAGGUAUAUAUCUACCUUCAGCAAGAAGAUCGCGCCAUACGCCUCGGUCAUCAUAAACUGCAUCUACUGGGCGGUGGACUCGCCCAAGCUCCUCACCAUACCAGACGCCAAGAACCUUCUGCGACCCGCCUACACACCCUGGCUUCCUAUCAGCGUCGGCGCGCCCGCGCUCCCACACCGGAUGCUCGCCAUCUGUGACAUAUCCGCCGACCCGGGCGGCAGUAUCGAAUUCAUGAACGAGUGCACGACGAUCGAUACGCCGUUUUGUCUCUACGACGCGGAUCGCAACAAAGACACAAAGUCCUUUAAGGGAACUGGUGUUCUCGUAUGCUCGAUAGAUAACAUGCCGACGCAGCUGCCGCGCGAAUCCACCGACUUUUUCGGCGACCUCCUGUUUCCCUAUGCUCUCGACAUCAUACGUUCGGACGCGAAAAAGCCCCUUGAAGAGCAUAAGUUCACCCCAGCAGUACAUGGUGCGAUCAUAGUUUCCAACGGCCAACUCACGCCAAACUUCCAGUACAUACAGGAGUUGAGGCUGCAAAAUGUAACUCGUAACAGACACAAAGAGGAUGGUAAUAUCAUGAAGAGCCAUACUGUGCUGGUGCUCGGCGCUGGUUACGUAUCGUCGCCAAUGGUCGAAUACUUGCACCGCGAUCAAAAUCUCUACAUCAUCGUCGGCUCGCAGUUCAAGGAUGAAGCCGAUACUUUGGCUAGCAAGUAUUCCGGCGUGGAAUCGCUCUUCAUUAAUGUGCUCGAGCAUCCGGAUUCCCUCAAUGACGUCAUUCAAAGGGCCGACGUUGUCGUAUCUCUGCUGCCCUAUUCGCUUCAUCACAUAAUCGCCAAAAGUUGCAUACAGAUGAAGAAGCAUCUCGUCACCGCUAGUUACCUCAACAAUGAGGUCAAGUGCUUGCACGAAGAGGCGUAUGCUGCGGACAUAACUAUUCUGAACGAGAUUGGUCUCGAUCCUGGUAUCGAUCACUUGCUUGCGCUCGAGUGCUUUGACGAGAUUCGACAAGCCAACGGACGCAUCGAGUCCUUUGUAUCCUGGUGCGGAGGCUUACCCGCCCCCGAGAGCUCCUGUAACCCCUUAAGAUACAAGUUUAGUUGGUCGCCACGAGGUGUACUGUUGAAUACACUUUCACCUGCUAAGUAUUACCACGAGGGACAGAUUGUGGAGAUAGCCGGAGGCGGAGAUCUGAUGUCGACGGUGCAGAAUUUGGACUUCCUGCCGGGAUUCGCACUCGAGGGAUUCCCUAACCGCGACAGCACGAUAUACAAGGAGCUUUAUAAUAUUCAACAUGCCGACACUGUAUUGCGGGGAACACUCAGAUUUCGCGGUUACGCAGAUAGGAUUCAAGGAUUGCAGCUGCUUGGACUUAUCGAUCCCAACCCUCAUCCCAUCCUUCAUCCGAAUGGUCCCGAGAUUACUUGGCGAGCACUUGUUUGCAAUCUACUGGGCCUCGCGAGCGAUGACAUUUUCUAUGAAAAUCUGAAGCAAAAGCUUGCCGAGCGACUGAAUUCGGAAGAUAGAGCUAAGUCGAUUGAGGAACUCGGUCUCUUAAAUACCGAUUUCGUGAUGAAGAAAAAGACGCCUUUGGAUACGCUCAGUUAUUAUCUAUCGAAGAAGCUACUUUACGAGGAGAACGAGCGUGACCUUAUAAUCCUGAGGCACGAAAUUAUCAUUCGCUGGCCGGAUAAUAGAAUGCAAGAACGAGGCAUCAAUUUGGUCUCGUACGGCGAUACAAAAGGACAUUCGGCCAUGGCCUGGACCGUCGGCUAUCCCAUCGCCAUCGCUACUAAAAUGAUUUUGGAUGGAGAAAUUCAAACUCGUGGAGUCUUAUUACCUUUCAAGCCAAAUAUAUAUCGACCAAUACUAUCCCGACUUCGUAUCGAGGGUCUUAAAUCCUUCGAAACGUCAAAGUGGCUCUGAACGAAUAAGAAAGUGACUUUCCUUAUUAGAAUUCUAUGAAGUAAUUUUGGAUUUAUA